AUGCAUUGGGGAAUACUGUUACUGAUUGGUGUCACCGUGGCCCUCCCGGAGCAACAACAACAACAACAACAACAGCAACAGCAAAAGCCACCGAUACCCCAGGCCCAGGCUCCACUGGGCUCCAACGGGGAGAAAACAUUCCAGCUAGAGAACCCGGCUUACGAUCCGACGCUCUACCAAAAGUUCCUACCACAGGAUGCGGUCCAGCAGUACGUCCACUCGUACACCGGCCAACCAUACCCGGCCACCAUCUACGGUGGUGGGUCACCGUUCGAUCCGACCGCAACCGCCUUUGCCGCCAUCCCGACCGGUGGCUUCGAGGGUUUUCUGAUACCGGCGCCGGCCGAAAAGGAGCAACCGUCGCUCCUGACGUCACUGCGCACCCUACUGCCGAGUGCCCGAUCGUUGGUCACCUUCGUUGGACGGCUAGCCUCGGUACUGAUCGGUUCCAUCGGUGUGCUACUGUUCGGUGCGAUCCUCACUUCGCUGACGUGCUUCUUUACGCCCUUCUGUACGCUCUCGUUCCGUAAUGCCAAGUUCCUGACGGGAGCGCAGGACGCGGCGGAAGACAUUGCGCAGGUGGUUGGUGAGCAGGUGACGGCCGAUCGGGUGAAACGGGCGGCCGAGUUCCUCUACACGGCGAUCGAUAAGUUCCAGCGGCUAAACAACAUUGUCAAGGAGGCUACCGAACGGAAGGCACCACCACCUGCCAGGGCAGCGAUGAGUUCGAGUUGGCCCGGUGCCAGCGGCAUUCGUCCAACGCAUUGA